AUGUUCUCUGCAGGACAGUCAAGGUCCCCUGCAGGACAAUCUAGGUCCGUGCAGUCUAGGUCCCCUGCAGGACAGUCUAGGUUGCUUUCAGGACAGUCUAGGUCCCCUGCAGGACAGUCUAGGGUCCCUACAGGACAGUCUAGGUCCGCUGCAGGACAGUCUAGGUCCCUUGCAGGACAGUCUAGGUCCCCUGCAGGACAGUCUAGGUCCCUGCAGGACAGUCUAGGUUCCCUACAGGCCAGUCUAGGUCCGCUGCAGGACAGUCUAGGCCCCUUGCAGGACAGUCUAGGUCCCCUGCAGGACAAUCUAGGUCCCCUGCAGGACAGUCAUGGUUCCCUGCAGGACAAUCUAGGUCCUUUGCAGGACAGUCAAUGUUCUCUGCAGGACAGUCAAGGUCCCCUGCAGGACAAUCUAGGUCCGGUGCAUGCCAGUCUAGGUCCCCUACAGGACAGUCUAGGUUCCCUACAGGACAGUCAAGUUUCUCUGCAGGGCAGUCAAGGUCCCCUGCAGGACAGUCUAGGUCCCCUGCAGGACAGUCUAGGUCCCUGCAGGACAGUCUAG